GGGCAGGCUCCUUCCUGCAGCCCGUGCUCUUGCAGUGCUGUGCCCUCCGGCUCCAAUAGGCCAGGGGCUGGGGAGCCGACUGUCCCUGCCUCCCCCUCCUCCCUGGGGCUGCUCGGGGUGAAGGUGACAGGUGGGGGAGGCAGGUGGAGAAAUGGGCCAGUGAGCUCAUGGCAAAGGCGCCUGGUGGGGUGGGGGUGGGUGCCCUGUCCUAUAAAGCCCCCAAGGCCCUGUGGCCUGCAGAGGCGGUUACAGACGGCACCAUGGCAGACACUGAGGCCGUGCAGAGGGCCACGGAGCUUAUCGAUCAGCGGCUGGCAGAGGAGGAGGAGAAUGAGAAACUCCGAGGAACCACCCAUGGAAGGAAGCUGCCCAUGGACAAGCUGGUGUUGGAGGAUGAGAAGAAGCACGGAGCUCAGAGUCCGGCCUUACAAAAGGUUAAGGGCCAAGAGCGCGUGCGCAAGACAUCCUUAGACCUGCGGCGGGAGAUCAUCGAUGUGGGCGGGAUCCAGAACCUCAUCGAGCUGCGGAAAAAAAGAAAGCAGAAGAAGCGAGAAGCCCUGGCCGCCCCACAGGAGCCGCCUCCGGAGCCCGAGGAGAUCACUGGCCCUGUGGACGGAGAGACAUUCCUGAAAGCCGCUGUAGAGGGCAAAAUGAAGGUCAUUGAGAAGUUCCUGGCCGACGGGGGCUCCGCGGACACCUGCGAUCAGUUCCGUCGCACAGCACUGCACCGAGCUUCCUUGGAGGGCCACAUGGAGAUCCUGGAGAAGCUUCUGGAGAGUGGGGCCACUGUGGAUUUCCAGGAUCGGCUGGACUGCACAGCCAUGCACUGGGCCUGCCGCGGGGGCCACUUGGAGGUGGUGAAACUCCUGCAAAACCGAGGGGCAGACAGCAAUGUGAGGGAUAAGCUGCUGAGCACCCCCCUGCAUGUGGCCGUCCGGACGGGGCAAGUGGAGAUCGUGGAGCACUUUCUAUCCCUGGGCCUAGACAUCAAUGCCAAGGACAGAGAAGGGGACAGUGCCCUGCACGAUGCCGUGAGGCUCAACCGCUACAAAAUCAUCAAACUGCUGCUCCUGCACGGGGCUGACAUGAUGGCCAAGAACCUGGCAGGAAAGACCCCCACGGACCUGGUGCAGCUGUGGCAAGCUGACACCCGGCACGCUCUGGAGCACCCUGAGCCGGCGUUAGAGCAGAACGGGCUGGAGGGAUCUGCUGAGAGUGGGCGGGAGACCCCGCAGCCUGUGCCAGCCCAGUAAACACCUGCCCCAGCCCAGCUGGGCACCUGGCCUGGCCUCCACGUGCAGCUGGAGGGUCAUAAGAAUGGCCCCUAGAGCCAGCCCGGCCAUUGCUCUGUGCACGACCCAGGAAUGCCCACAAGCUACCGCAAUAAAAAAAAAAUCAUUUUUGCUA